CCUUGCUAUCCGAUAGGCCCAGAAGCAGCCACCUUCCUGCACAGCCCCAGCCUGAAACAUAAAACCCGCGGUUCCCCCGCUACAAGGCUCAGUCCGUUGUAUCCAUUCCGCAUCUGCAUUCCGCUCUCUGCACCUCGUGUAUCCGCUCUCUCGGGGACAAACAGCACGAAGACUAUCGAACAAUGUCGUCCGAAAUGUGGCCCAUGAUAGCUGGCAUCGGCGCCUCUGUCGCCGCAGCAGGCACAGUCGGCCAGAUGAUCGUCGCGGCCAUGCAGUACGGCAACUCGGAGGAAGCCGAUCGAAGAGCAGGCGAGCUCCUCCGUCGUGUAGAGGCGUUGGAGCAGAAGCUCCAGCAGCAUCGGUGCGAGGCUGAGCUCGGUGAGCUGAACGACGCACGGAGUAGAGGUAUCCGGGCACUGGCCGAGAAGACGGUAGAGCUCAAGGAGAAAAUUGGAUAGAAGACCGCCAGACCGGUCAGCAUGAGGUCGCCACGGGCUGACUAUGGCGCCUCCGUGAUACCGCGAUGCAAAGUUUCGGGCGGGGGGUUCCCUUUAUUCACCAUCAUGGCCUUUUCAAUGCCUCCUUUGCUCGUGCUUUGCGCACGCUUCCAUCGACUAGUUCCCGAUCACAAAUAAAGAAAGUCUAGAACGGUAGUAUUAGUCACACCUCAUACCACCCAACGAGCGUCCCAUAUAAGCACUUCACU